AUGAGGUUGUCUGUGGUGAAUGCUUUGUUACUCUGGUCAGCAUGGGCCCCGUUUCUUGGUGUCAAAUCCAAAGAUGCUGUUGAAGAGUCUAAAACAGACCCUUCUCAGGGUAACACACAUCGAGUUAGCAGUGGCCUAAUGCAGUGUGGUGAAUACAGCAAUGAAGUGAUGCCAAAUGGACAGUGUCGUUUAAUAGCCACAUUACCCCAGCUGGAGGAACAGCGGUGUCCUGACAUGUUCCGCUGUACAGAUGAGGUCUCCUACUGGCUGCGUGAGAAUGAAGAACGCAAGCAGCAAAUGCAGGACCUGAAAGAGACCAUCUCAGAGCUUCAAGAGGAGCUGAGGAGUCACAGGCAUCGUAUUAAAGUGCUGGAGUUGCAGAGCGAGGAGAAGUAUGGAGUAAACUCGUCUUUAGAGCAUCGCUUUCACACGCUGCAGCAGAUCUAUGAAGAGGCCAAUGCGCUGCUGCACAUCCACGGAUCACUCAUCUAUGAAAUGCAAACACAGAUUCGCAACCUCACUAUGAUAGUAGACCGUGUGAGGCGCAAUCCAGGCUGUAUGAUCAAUAUCAUCCGCACAAGCCCGCUUCUCAGCGCCCAAGAUACCCUUCAUCCAGAGGUGCAGCAUGUAAGAAACUGUCCAAUUGACUGUGCAUCACUGUUCUACAAUGGAGUCCACCGAUCUGGGAUUUUUACUGUUGUGCCCUCACUGGGAUCUACUCCAGUGGAAGUUUAUUGUGAUAUGGAGACUCAAGGAGGUGGAUGGACCAUGUUUCAGCGUCGGCAGGAUGGAAAGGUCAAUUUUAACCGCAAAUGGACAGAAUAUAGGGAUGGCUUCGGAGAUCUGCAUGCAGAAUUCUGGCUGGGAAAUGACCACAUCCAUGAUAUCUCCAGCCAGGGAGAGUAUUCCCUUCGGAUUGACCUCGAGGACUGGAAUGGCAAGCACAAACACGCACUGUACCAGAACUUCUGGAUUGAGAACGAGGACAACCACUACCGUCUCCAUGUAUCAGGAUUCAGUGGUACAGUUGAGGACUCGUUUGGUUGGUACCAUGACAAGCAAAGCUUCAGCACUCCAGACACAGGUGACAUCUGUGCCGAGAUAUCUCACGGAGGCUGGUGGUACCAUCAGUGCUUCUUUGCCAACCUCAAUGGAGUGUAUUAUAAGGGGGGGCGUUACUCUGCCAAAGGGAAGAAUCUUCUGGGGCCUGAUGGGAUUGUGUGGUACUCAUGGAAGGACUCAGAUUACUACUCCUUGAAGAAGGUGAGCAUGAUGAUCCGCCCACGGACAUACAAGCCCCGCCUCUCUCCAUAACGCUGCUUAAGGACCCGUGUAAAACAAUACUGCUGUGACAUCAUUGGGCCAUUAUUGAUUCACCGUGGCGAAACAAUUACUGUACAUGAACUGUGGUUAAAGGGAAAGUCCCAACUGGAUAUUCAAAAUAAAAUAUCCGCAUUUUUCAUUCUGGAUAAUCACGUCUCAUAAUCUUGGUCUUUGACUUACCAAAGUAUUCAAUGUAAUGAAUAUAAAAUAAGCAAAUGUGAUUAUAAAAGAACAUGAAUUAGAUUAUCAAUAAUUUUUAACAUGUACAAAAAUUUUAUUUGGAUAAUCAUUAUUAAUUAGAAAUAAUCCAGAGCUUAAUAUAAGAUUGGUACAUACUUUGCAUAUGUUAAUUGGUGUUACUGUACAUUUACUUUGUUGGAUAGAAAUAUUCAGAAGAAAUGUUUUUAAGAUACGAGUCUAGGACCCAGUUGAAACAAAACCCUUAAGUUAAGAAAACCUUUUUAAUUCAUUAAUCUUUUUUUUUUUUUUGUCUUGUAAAUAUAUAAUAAAAUCAAUCAUAAUAAUAAAAGAAAUAAAAAUAUUAUAUUUAAAAAUAUUUAAAACUAUUUUAAUUGAAAAUUGUAUGGGUAUUCUCAAUCAGGACUUUCUAAUCUUAAGAGGUCUUGUUGCAACCAGCCUCAGCAGUUUAUGAGAAAAUUUGAGAAAACUAUUAAUAGAUAUCCUACCACACAUAGCAUAUGUAAAUAUGUUUGUUUUUAAGCCUCAAUAAUUCUGUGUAAUGUAGCAGUAACAGGUGUUUAAAUAAUCCCAAAAUGUACAUCCUUUUAAUGCCUAAAUGUAUAUUUCACAACAUUGUUUACAUUUUGUAACUACUUUGAGAAUGUAUAAAAAUGUCUUAGUUUUUGAACGAUGUCCUGCUAUCUUGUAUACAGCUGACAUUCUGUGCUCUUCAGACUACUUUACCAUGAGAUAAACUUAUCUGCACCAUCCAUAAAGACUCUUUCUGCCUAUCUCACACUAACAGGAAGGGUGGAACAGACCAGCAAGUGAACAUGG